AUGAUACAACACCAGGAAGAAGUUCCAGUCGCAAUUCCGUACCUGCUGAGUCCCAGUCCAAGUCCCAGUUCUAGCCCUGCUUUGAGUCCGACGACCAAGUCUCUCACUUCCUCCAAGCCAACAACGACCACACCCAAAGCCAAACUUGAGCCACGCUUCUCAUUACCCGACAGUACACCACGGUCGAGCAAGACCGAGCUGGUCAUCGGCGGCGUCAGGAUCUACAUCUACGGCCUGGAUGACUUGCAACGACGCUCCGAUACGGAUGUGGGAGUGUUGUAUCUUGCACACAACCGCACGCGAACAUACCAAGUCACAGAGGGCAUUGCCCACGAGGUCCUACACAGUUACCGCAACGAUGGCAAGACAAAAUCCGUUGAACUCAUCGCUAUCACGAUGAACAUGCGAAAUCAUGGGGACCGUGAGAUCAGCCCAGCAGCGAAUCUCACAUGGUCCGACGGCAACGACAACCACGGAAUGGACUUGCUGUCCCUGAUAUCUGGGUCAGCUCAGGACUUCAAGCUCAUCCUCGACUACCUGCCAUCGUACUUACCUCAGUUCAAACGCUUUUACAACAUCAUGGCUGGUGUAUCGCUAGGCGGUCACACGGCAUGGCGCAUGGCCAGCAUGGCUCAAGAACAAUUACACGGUCUAGCCAUGAUCGUUGGAUGCCCCAAUCUAAGCGCCCUGCUCCUCAGUCGGUUAGGCGUUGAUCCCGCCAGUCUCGGUACAACGGAGGACGAGAUGCACAACGUCAGUUACGACAGACUUGAAAAGGUGAUGAAUGAGGAGCAGCGGCGCCGCUGGCCGAGGCCGCUGGCGGAAUUGGUCAGCAGUGGCGAUAGAAAGGCUGCAGACGAGUUUCCUGCUGAUGUACGGCUGCUGCUGUGCAAUGGGAGGCAAGAUCCGUUGGUACCGGCGCGACAUACGGCGGCAUGGGUGCGGCGACAGCAGGAACGCCAUUGUGCUGAGAAGGUCAGGUUUUUUGUCCAGGAUAACACCGGGCAUAGCUGUACUAAGGAGAUGGUUGGGAUGCUUGCGGCCUGGCUGGGGAAUAUGUUUGAGGUGUCUGGUUCUGGUGCUUAG